AUGGAAAUGGCUCAGCCUGUGAAUAUCAUCUCUGGGACCUCUCCACUAUUCUGGUGUCAUGUUAUCGGUGAUAGCAUUCAGUGCAGUGGCGCUCAAGGGCAAAAUGUGCUUAGAAUCGCUAUGGACGAUGUGAUCUGCAUUUUACCACAUCUCAGCCAAGAUAAAAGUCAAUACACAAUGAUCUAUCUUCGACACAAUACCUGGGAAGCGAUCUCUCAGCUGGAAGAAAAUACCCCGGCUCGUUUGGUAGCAAGCAUUCUGUUGACGUCUCCACCAUCCAUACUUUUAUCCCGGUACCUCUGUGCAGAACUUCCUCCACAUCUCAGAUCAACGGGGAGCCAGAAAUUAGAUAUCCAUGUCAUCAUAUCCAGUCUUUCGGGGACAGGAAAAGCAAGGAGAUUCUUCAGCAAAAUUCUUCAACCUCUUUUAUCAGACAUUGGUUUGACUGAGUACGAAGUUCACCAGACGCAAUCAGCACGAUCAAUACUUGACUUGUGUCGGACAAAGCUGAUUGUUCGCGCGAACCUCCGCAUAUCUCAAACAAUCAUUCUUCUUUCCGGAGAUGGGGGCUUGACUGAUAUCGUGGGCUCAUUUCAUGACGCCACUAACAAUGCCCUUGUUCCUCCUAGUAUCGCUCUGAUACCUUUGGGGACGGGCAAUGCUAUGGCAAGCUCCCUUAAUCUUCUUUCCAACCCAGCAGCUAGCUUGACUACAUUGGUGCUGGGACGGCCGCAUCCAGUACCCACCUUUGUUACUGAUUUUUCCCCGGGUGUGCAAUAUCUCGAAGAAGGCCAUGUUCGGGUUUCAGUACACAACCCAUCGAUGAAUGAAUCUACAGGCCAUUUGAGGUAUGGCGCCGUUGUGGCGAGCUGGGGUGUUCACGCCUCGUUGGUCGCCGACAGUGACACUCCUGAGUAUCGCAAAUUUGGGGCCGAGAGGUUUCAAAUGGCAGCCAAGGAGCUUCUCUUUCCAUCUAACGGGACUGCAACCCAUAGCUACCACGGUAAACUUACCCUUUUGCAGCGGAACACGGACCCCGAUGAAACCAAGAGGAAAACCGUGGAAUGCGAAAAACACAUGUACAUGCUGGCAGCUCUUGUGCCACGCCUUGAGAGGGACUUUGUCAUUUCCCCAGAGUCUGUCCCCUUGGAUGGCUGUUUGAGGAUGGUUCAUUUUGGUCCCAUUCCACCAGAACAAGCCAUGCAACUAAUGGCAUCCGCGUAUCAAGGGGGAGGGCACGUCCACGAGAGAGAAGUCUUUUACUCAGAGAUGGAUGGCUUUAGAAUUGAUCUUCUUGAAGCAGAUGAAAGAUGGAGGCGAAUUUGCAUCGACGGGAGAAUCUUUGUCAUUGAGGAGGGUGGCUGGGUGGAAGUACGAAAGGAGUCCAGGCGUUUGGUAGGGCUACUAGUCCGAUCAAUGGAUGACAUGGAAUAG